AUAAUUUUAGGGCGAGUACUUAUUGAUUUACAUGAAUUUUAAUAUAUGGAAUAGGUAUGUAGCACGGGUGGAGUAUGUAUUAUAAAUAUACACUAUUAUAAAAUGUAAAACAUAGUCAGUAUAAUGUACACCUGUACCUUGAAAAAAACAAAUUUAUCAAGUUAAUUUCAUAUACAAGCAACAGAAAAUAUUUUUAAAUAUCUUUUUAUUAAAACUAUCAGAUUGUAGUAAGUUUUUGUAUAACUCCACGUUAGUGUUAUUAAAAAUUAAAAUGUAUUUGUAUAAACUUAUAAUAUUGCUGUUUGCAAAUUGUCUAUGGGCUUUUGAUCGUAAAGACAUUCAUUGCCAUUAUUCUAAAUACUUGUUAAAUUACUUUCGAUAUUAUGAACAUUACUUACUUAAACUUGGACAACUAAGCAAUACAAAACCAAAUUUCAGAGAAGAUUUUAAUAUCUAUGGAAAGGCAAUUCAAACUCAUGGUGAAAUUGUUUUAAUUAUGAUUGACACAUUGCAACUCAUUGAUAUACACAUUUUAAAAACAUCCGAUUUGAUGUCGGUAAAUUUAUACUUAAAUAAUGUUUCAGGAUCUGUAGAAAUGGUUGCCAGAAAUUAUGAUGGCAAAUUAAAUACAGUUGAUAAUUAUCAUAAUUUAUUAAAAGGAUUUAUGAAUCUUCAUCAUGCAAUGGUUAGACAAUUGGAGCAUUCAAUACAUUUUAACUGUUCUAAAGCAAUUUACAAUAAUGAAUUCUUUAACUAUCUUGAAUUUUACCAUCAAAGAGAGUAUAAUAUAACUCACUUACCAAAAAUAUCUGCUCAACUAACAGGCCGAAUUAUAAAAAGAAUUGAACAGGAAAAACAUGAUAAAAAUUAUAUAUUUGAACAAUUGAGAUUGGCGUACAAAAAAAAAAAUUAUUUUGAUUAUCUUCCGCAAAAUUUGUUGUUUUAUGAUUUAUUAUCGCACCAGUAUAAAGGUAACGAGUUAAACGUAUUUUAUGGAUCACAAGCUAGGCAAUACUUAAAAACAGAAAGCGGUUGGCCUGUAGAUGGUUUAGAUGUUCUUCGUUUUGUACCUCUUAAAAUAAGAUGUCCUGAUAAAACUCCUCUGAGAGUAUCAGAUUUAUUUCGAUUUAUGAAGUAUAAUUUAAAUAUUUCAGAAGUGCAUGCAUUCCAGACAACAAUUAUGGUCGCAUUAUUUUAUCCGAUAGGGCGGCUAAUUCAGAUUUACACAACAGUUGUUAGGAAUAUAACCAGAAAUAAAGAUAUAACUCAAUUAACUUAUAAUAAAAUGGUUACUUUAGGUGAAACGGUCAUAGAUAGUUUUGAACAUUUUAUUCGUUUACAUUUAUACGGAAUAAAUGUAUAUACAUUUUUAAGAAAAAUCUGUGAUCUAUUGCAGGAAAUGAUUAAUGAGUUUAAAAAAAGUAACAAACUACUUGAUAAUCAAUAUCCGUCUGAAAUUACAAAAUUAUUAUAUUCAGUGCAAAAUAAUAUUGUGGAUUUUUCAUAUGGAAAGCUCGAUCAUGUAAAAAUUACUAUAAUGAAUUUCAAAAAAAUAUACAACGCAAUAGUACAAGAAGUAGGGCUUGUAACAUGGUACUUAAAAGAUUUAGAAAAUUAUAAAAAUUCUCAUAGCAUUGUAACAAAAGCCACCAUAGUAUUCAAACCAGGAACUCCAGAAAGUACUGAUCAAGGAUUAAAUCAAAAUAUUAUUGAAUACUUGUGUGAUGAAAAUAUGUAUAACUCACUUUACAAAUUGAAUAAUGUAAAUCGCGUUGGAAAUGAAAACUUAUACCAUAACAAAUUAGUUGGUGUGGAUGCUCUUGAUGUCUUCAGUAAUGAGAGUGACAUCUAUCACGAUUUAGAAUAUGGUUUAAAAUAUAAAAGUGAAGAGAGUAAUGAUUCCAAAAAUAUAACUGCCAAGGAAAAUGAAAAUAAUACGACUAGUAUUAAAAAUAAUUUGCCUAAUCAUCUAAUUAGUUUGCCUAAAUAUUUGAUUGACUAUUUUCUCGCUAUUUGAGUUUAAAUUUUAAAUUUUAAUAUUAUUAGUUUUGAAAAUCAUUUAAUCAUAACAGUUAAUUAAAGUGUGGACUUUUAUAUCAUUACAUAAUUUCUCUGAAACAUUAAUACAGAAUUUUUAGACAAGAACUUAAUACCAAUAACUCUUAAUAUUUUUACUUUUUACGUUUGUAACCAUUACAUAUAUUAUAACGAUUUUAAUUUUCAUUAAUUUGUCUAAUAAAAUACACAUAAAGCUAACAAAAAAAAAAUUUUUUUUGUUUACCAAUAAUUAAUUGUGUACUCCAAAAGAAUAUAAUCGUUCAAAUUUAAGUUUUUUUUAUCAAUGUUAAGUGGUCACUAAAGUGAAUUUUUUUUUUUAUUUAAAUAAUAUGGAAAAUUGGAAUUUUGUAUAAAACCGUAAAUUUUCCAAUAUAUAUAUAUAUAUGCAAAUUCGAAAAGCUGACAUUUUUUUGGAACCAAAUUCCUAAAAUAUUUAGGUUUUAGUUCACCAGUUUCGAUUUUAUACAUUUUAGCAUUUUUUUUAUAGUAAUAUUGUAACAAGCCGAAAAAUAGAUAAAUAUCAAUGUAAUUAAAUGUUUCAGGUGUGUAUUUUAUUGCAAAAAUAUUGAAAAAAAAAAACUUUUACGAAAAAAUCGAACAUUUUGUACAAAAAUCCCACUUUCACAUGUUAUUCAAAUGGGGAGAAAAGCGUACUUUAGUUAUCUUUUAGCAUUGAUAAAAAAAAGAUCGAAUUUGGACGGUUAUCACCUUGUUUUGGUGUGUACAAUUGAAUUUUUAGAAAAACAAACAUUUUUUUUUGGUCAGUCUAAUACACAAGUUAUGUUUUUUAAUAUUAAAUAUAUUAGUUAUAUGCUGAAUUAUUUAUUUAAGACAAUAUGAAAAAUUCAUAUACACUAUUAAUAAUUUUAA